AUGUUUGGGGGGAAGCUGUUGUUUUCGCGUAAGCGCGUUACGGCACAGCCGGCCGGUUUGGGGCAGGUGCGGGCUGCGCAGGAGAUGCACGGCACUUUCACUGUCGGCGGGCGGCGGCGCGGCGUCCACCGCAGCGGCGCAGUGCCGCCGCGCCACCUCCGCCGGCCGCACCGCCUCACCGCGCUCGCCGUACUCGCCGUGCCGAUAUACUGUAGUAUAGUACGCCUCGCCGCGCACCGGGCCGCUCGUUCCGCCGACGGUCGAGAUCUCGCCGCGAAAAAUCCCCGCCUAUUUAUAGAUAGCGUAUCCCUUUGCCGCGGUGCUGUUUCGCGUUACUCUCGGCCGAUGCUGCCCGCCGCGGGUGCGCGUUCCGAGCGUUUCCACACC